GAUGUACGAUCGUUCUUAGGCCUGGUGAGAUACCUGGAUCAAUUCUUACCUAGCUUAGCGGACCAUACACGACUACUAACGCCUUUGACAACAAAAACGAGCGAACACGACUGGCCUGGCUGGACGGACAUCCACCAGAGUGCCUUUGACGCCAUCAAACGACUCGUCAUCAGUCGAGAUUGCUUGACAACCAUCGAUCACGACAAUCUCGGCGACAACAAGAUCUUUGUAACAUGCGAUGCGAGUGAC